AUGGAUCCCUAUAAGUAUGAGCAUACAUCUGCUGCUUCGGCUGCAGAUGCCGGCUCUGAUGCUGGCGUUGAUGCGAGUGGCUCCGUUCACGAUUCCCACGUGGCACCCGUGCAGCAAGGCGUGUCUGCAGGUGUGCUUUCUGGCAUCGGCCCCAACGCUGAAGAAGCUGGCCAGGUUGCUCGUGACAAGGGUUGGACUGACCCCGUUCCCUUCAAUUACUCGGACUUCAACAGCAAGGAGCGCGGUGACUGGGCUGGUGUGGCUGCUCGCUAUGAAUGGAAGGAUGAAUAUGGUGAUGUCGGUCCUGCUAUUCCUGAGUUGGAGGAUCAGCUCUUCCGAAGCGAAGAAAUUCCCCGUGCUGGUAUCAAGCUUGACGACUUGAAUAAUUACAAGGUUAAUGUGGAAAGCCCAAACGAAAUCCACGCUGUUACCGAGUGGAAGGACUUUGGUUUGCACCCGAUCAUGCUCGAAAACAUUCGCCUCUGCCAGUAUGAUCGCCCCACUGCUGUCCAGUCUUAUGCUAUUCCGGCUGUUUUGAAAAAUCAAGAUUUGAUCGCGGUGGCUCAGACUGGCUCGGGGAAAACUGGUGCUUUCCUCAUCCCCAUUCUUUCCAAGCUGAUGGGAAAGGCGAGAAAGCUGGCCGCACCGCGUCCCAGUGCUCUCCACGGAUUUUAUCCUGCUAGCGAUGCCAUUCGAGCGGAACCUUUGGUUUUGAUUGUCUGCCCCACUCGUGAAUUGGCCUACCAAAUCUUUGAUGAGGCUCGUCGCCUCUGUUAUCGCUCAAUGCUUCGCCCAUGUGUUGCUUACGGAGGUGCUCCUGCACGUAUACAGCGCGAGGAGCUCCAAAAAGGAUGUGACAUUCUCAUUGCUACUCCUGGUCGUCUCCUUGAUUUCAUGCAACAGACUCACGUUCUUUCCCUUCAUCGUGUUCGUUACACUGUCAUCGACGAAGCUGACGAAAUGCUGGACUCUGACUGGGAGAAAGAGUUUAAGAAAAUCAUGUCGGGUGGAGAUCUCAACGAGGACGAUGAUCACCGAUACAUGAUGUUUUCGGCCACCUUUAACAAGGAAUUCCGCAAGCUUGCUAAGGAUUAUCUUGCUGAUGACCACGUGCGUCUCCGCGUUGGAAGGGCCGGCAGCUCCCACCGCAAUGUCGUGCAAGAGGUAAUUUGGGUUGAUCAGAACCAGAAAAUGAAGGCCCUUUAUGAUCUUCUGAUCAGCAUGCCUCCUGUUCGCACUUUGAUCUUUGUGAACAGCAAGGAUCAGGUCGACUUCGUCGAUGACUAUCUUUACAACUCGGGAAUGCCAACUACUUCUAUCCAUAGUGGACGGACUCAGCUUGAGCGUGAGGAUUCUAUGCGAUCUUUCCGAUCCGCCAAGUGUCCCAUCAUGGUUGCCACUGGUGUGACUGCCCGUGGUGUGGAUGUGAUUAACGUCCUGCAUGUUGUAAACUAUGAUCUUCCCAGUGCCAUGCAUGGAGGAAUUACUGAGUACGUUCACCGCAUUGGUCGUACUGCUCGCAUUGGCAACGAAGGCAUUGCUACUUCCUUCUACAAUGAGCGCAACGAAGAUCUUGCCGACGACCUUGUAAAGAUCUUGGUGGAAUGCAAGCAGGUGGUCCCCGACUUCCUGGAGCAGUACCGCCCCGAUAGCGAAGAAAUCGACUUUGACGACAAUUCAGAGGACGAAUUCUUUGAUACCGGUGCAGACGAAGCCGAUCCUUGUGCCAAAUCCGACGCUGGGUCUGACGCUUGUUCCAAUGCUAUUGAAGGGGACGAGAAUCGAGCUGCUCAUGAUUUCGAAACCGAUGGUCUCACCGAAGAAGAAUCCGUUGCCAAGUCCAGCCACCAACAGCAAGGGUGGAUUGGGCCAGUCUCAAUGGGCUCCUAG